CUCCUCCGUUGGCGCCAAACCCUGAGGUCAACGGCUCGCGGGUCUCCAGGCUCCGCGUCCUGGGUCCGAGUUAGAAUCCUGUCAGCUGAGGACUGCCGGGAAAGGCCGGGCGGGGGCAGAGGGGCUGCACCUUGAAAAUCUCGGGGAGACUGGGUACGAGGGGGAAGUGAUAAUUUUUCUGUUGCUCACCUUUCAAUAUGAAGGAGGAUCAGGUUGUGGAAGAACCAGGAUUCCAAGAUGAAGAGGAAUCUUUGUUUCAAGAUAUUGACCUGUUACAAAAACAUGGAAUUAACAUGGCUGACAUUAAGAAACUGAAAUCAGUAGGAAUCUGUACCAUCAAAGGGAUACAGAUGACAACAAGAAGAGCACUAUGCAAUGUCAAAGGACUCUCAGAAGCCAAAGUGGACAAGAUUAAAGAGGCAGCGAACAAACUAAUUGAACCAGGAUUCUUGACUGCAUUUGAAUAUAGUGAAAAGAGGAAAAUGGUUUUCCAUAUCACCACCGGGAGCCAGGAAUUUGAUAAGUUGCUAGGAGGUGGAAUUGAAAGCAUGGCAAUUACAGAAGCUUUUGGAGAAUUUCGUACUGGAAAAACCCAGCUCUCUCAUACCCUCUGUGUGACAGCUCAACUUCCAGGAGCUGGCGACUACCCAGGAGGAAAGAUCAUCUUCAUUGAUACAGAAAAUACUUUCCGUCCAGAUCGCCUUCGGGACAUUGCUGAUCGCUUCAAUGUAGACCAUGAUGCAGUACUGGACAACGUACUUUAUGCACGUGCAUAUACUAGUGAACAUCAGAUGGAGCUACUUGAUUAUGUAGCAGCAAAGUUCCAUGAGGAACCUGGCAUCUUCAAGCUAUUGAUUAUCGACUCAAUAAUGGCACUUUUUCGAGUGGAUUUCAGUGGCCGUGGGGAGUUGGCUGAACGGCAGCAAAAAUUGGCCCAGAUGUUAUCACGACUCCAAAAAAUCUCAGAAGAAUAUAAUGUGGCUAUUUUUGUGACCAAUCAAAUGACUGCUGAUCCAGGAGCAACUAUGACCUUUCAGGCAGAUCCCAAAAAACCAAUUGGGGGACACAUUCUAGCUCAUGCUUCAACAACAAGAAUAAGCUUGCGAAAGGGAAGAGGAGAACUCAGAAUUGCCAAGAUUUAUGACAGUCCUGAGAUGCCUGAAAAUGAAGCCACCUUCGCAAUAACUGCUGGAGGAAUUGGGGAUGCCAAGGAGUAGGUGGUGAAUUGAUGCAAAUU